AUGCUGCUUGCGGAUUCCGUCAUCAUCAACCAAAUCCGCCACAAUCUGAAACCCACUUCCAGAAAUCCCUUUUCAUCUCUUUUCUUUUCUGUUCAUACUCGUUCUGCAUUGCCUCGUUACCUAGAAGACCCCAACAAGCCCAAUCACAAAUGGAACACUAGCCAUUCUUUUGUCCUCUCCAACCCCAUCCUUUCACUGCUGGAAACAAGUUGCAAAUCCAUUGCUCAUCUCAAGCAAAUUCAAUCUCAAAUGAUCGUUACGGGCUUAAUCUCAGAUGGUUUGGCUUCAAGUCGGUUAGUUGCGUUCUCUGCUUUGUCAGACGUGGCUGAUCUUUCCUAUUGUAAGAGGUUGUUGUGUGAUUUGCCUUCCCCGAAUGCUUUUUCUUACAAUGUAGCCAUUAGGGCUUGUUCCGAUAGCGAAAACCCAGUUGAAGCUUUGCUUUUAUACAAGCAACUGCUGGGUUUGGUAAAUAGUUACAGGGAUUGUUUGAGGCCGGACCAUUUUACUUUUCCUUUGUUGUUCAAGACUUGUGCUAGAUUGGGGUUUUAUUAUAUGGGAUUUCAGAUUCUUGUUCAUGUGAUGAAAAUGGGGUACGAAAUUGAUGUCUUUGUUCGCAAUGGUUUGAUCCAUUUCUUGUUUUCUGUUGGGGAGGUGGAGGCUGCACGUCAAGUGUUUGAUGAAAGUAGUGUUAGAGAUUUGGUUUCGUGGAAUUCUUUGAUUCAUGGGUUUGUUAAGGUUGGAGAAGCUCCGGAAGCGUUCCGGGUAUAUGUGGAAAUGGAGAGUGAGGGUGUCAAGCCUGAUGAGGUCACUAUGAUUGGUUUAGUUUCGUCAUGUGCGCAGUUGGAGGAUCUGGAACUAGGGAGGGAGGCUCAUAGAAGUAUCGAGAGGAUGUCUCGUGGUGCCAAGUUUCAAGAUAAUUCUCAUGAACCCAAACUUCCAGGCAGUAAAUACCCUAGAAUUCAGCAGGAUGGCCGAGCCUAUGCUAACGUUUGUCCCCUUUAUCUCAAACAAAACCCUGGAAGCCGCAUCCAGGUAUGUGGUUCAGUUCAGGAGGCUCAGUCUGUAUUGACCUUGAAUCAGUACGUGCACAUAUUUAUGCAGAGCUCACCAAUACCUAUUAACCAAACUAUCAUUGCGGAGUGA